AUGCCGCGACGGGCCACUCUCCUCGGCGCCGCUCGGGUCGCCGUCGCCGCGACGCUGUUCGUCGCCGCCCUCUACAGCAUCACCUCUGGCCGGCCCAGCCCACACCUGGUGGCGACGGCCUCGACGUCGGUGUGGCACGCUCUCGGAGACUCGCUCGCGUUUGUCCACGUGCUAUGCUCGCGCUUCAGCAUUGGCCAGGGCCGCCAGUCCGCGCUGGUUGCGGCGAGGCUCGCGCUCUUCGUGUCCAUUUGCGCACCCUCCAUCCGGGCGCAGACGGACGGCCGGUUUGUCUGGCUGCUGUACGUGGACGAGUCGCUGCUGCCCGCCGACCGGACGGCGCUGGAGGAGGCGGUGCGGGGCAUCGCAGGCGCGCACAUCGUCGCGCUGCCAAAGGACGGCGAGCACGCCGCUGCCUACGAGGCUCCUUGCCUCCGCCAGAUCUCGCUCGCCGGCCUGCCGACUGACCCUCCCUCUGCGCUGUCGGGCGCGCACCGGCGGCUUCCCGGCGCGGACAGGAGGGAGAGGGGAGGCCAGCGAGAGUUCGAGCGCGCCUCGCCCACCGCACGUAGGCGGCGCGUCUACCUGACGUCCAGACUCGACGCCGACGACGCCCUCGACUCCAGCUUUUUCGCAGCGGUGCACGGGCGCGGCAGCCGCCGCGUCGCCCUCCUCGACUCUGGCGAGCGGUGGAGCGGGCCUGUGCGAGCGCGCACCGUCACCUCGGACGGGCUCAAGGGGGUGCGGUCCGCGCGAGAGACCGCGGUCGGCGGCGGAGGGGAGGGGAAGCGCGCGGGCGCGCCGGCACGCGACGCGGACGAUGGCACGGUGCCGUGGGCGGCGCGCUACGGCAUCUCGCCCGCGGAGCUGCGGCGAGCCAACGAGGAGCUGACCCGGCUCGAGGCGAGGGUGGCGGAGGAGCGCGUCUCGCCGGACGGCAACGACUGCGUCGCCGACUUUUCGUGCGCGCUGCACCUCGGCAAGAAGGCGCCCGCUCGCCUCGCCCGCCUGACGAAGCUGGCCAAGGGCAAGCUCAAGAAGGGCCGCAGCGCUGAAUCUGCGCGCCGCUGCUGCGCGGGUCGUUCCGGCGGGCGAGUGCUGGCGGAGCCGGGCGUGGCGGACGAAGAGGCGCAGUGGGGGCCUCGGGUCGCGAUCAAGCUGCUAGUGGCUGGCUGGGUCGGCUUGAAGCUUGGCGAGUACUUUCUCUCCAAGGACGCACUGAUGGUCAGCUCGACGGUGGUGCUCCUCAAGAGCGAGCACGCCGCCAACCGCGCCUCUGGCCUAUAUCGCAUGGAGCGGUGGCACCGGUCAAGCGGCGCGCGUGAGGCGGCAGUCGAGCUCGGGUGCAUCGAGCACAUGCUGCGCGGUGCGCUGGCCACGGCUGCGGCUGACCCCGCCAGCUCGAACGUCGCCCUGGGCCUCCUCGUUGAGCUGGCCGGUAGCGUGGACGCUGCACCGGAGCAGAUUGUGCGGCUCGGCGGGGUGACGGCGGCACAACAGGUGUGCGGCGCGAUGCCAGCAGGCGGCGAGGCCACUAGCCGCUGCCGCGAGCUCGCAGAGCAGCUAGAGCGCGCGCUCUCAGGCACACCAUGCGUGCCGACGCCACCGCCGCUGCCGCCACCCGAACACCGGCGAGCGGGGCCUGCGUAUGCCCUCCCUCGCUUCGGAGAGGUGGGUGAGUCAACCGUGGGAAGCGGCAGUGGAGCGCUGGUUGUGUCGGCGCGCGCAGUAACAAUCGUGUGA